AGGCAUGGAACGCAUAAACUGAAUUAAUGAAACAUAAAAAAAGUUUGCGAAAAAAAAUCCCCGCCAAGCUGAAUGCGGGUGUGACUUCCAGCAAACAGUACCACCCCACUAGUUUGAACCACCCUCACGUGUAUCACUGAUCAUCGUAAGCCAGCGAACGCCUACUGUACCGCCCAAGACCAGCCCCCACAAAUUGAUCAACGCAAAAGAAAUGCUACAACAACCGACCCGCAAAGAGUCACCACCAGUAGCAGGCCUCCCAAGGGGCGAUUCGGGGAUCACCCAGCGAUGAACGAGUGAACUGCUUUCAAAAGAGAGCAAGAGAGAACCGGAGGGAGGUUCAUUCGAUAUAAAACGACUUGAUUCUUUGCCACAUUAGCUCAGUAUUCAAUGAAGUUCCGCCCAAGAAUCUCAACUGAAUUUAGAGAAAAUUUUCAAAAUGACCUUCGUAUUAAUUAGUGCCGUGGCCCUCGUCCUGUUGACGAUCCUACUCGGCGUCCAGGCCAAACAGUGCCCCUCCGAGCAGGACCUGUGCGUUCCGGUGCAGUAUUGCGCGCCAAUUUACGAGGCCAUCAUGUCCGACCGUGCCCAACGCAACGCAACCCUGCAGGAGUACAUCUGGUCGCGGACCUGUCACACCGUGGGCGUGGACCGUGAGCCACGCGUUUGCUGUAACCGGAUUGAGGUACCGCUGGGAAAGCGGUGUUCGGGGGCAUCCGGAACGCCAGGUCGGUGCGUGGGUCCCGAACGGUGCGAACCUAUCGCGAAAUAUCUGGAGCGGGAUCGGCGCAGUGCUGCCAUCGAGCGGACACUGGCGGAGAAUGUGUGCUUCAGGGAUGGGGACAAGGACUUUUAUUGCUGCCCGGAAGCCAUGGUCAUCGUGGCCAAUACGGCGCCUCAAACGAUGGAUCUAGUGCUGCCACCGCCCAGCGCGUUGAGGAUCGAUAAUGCCUUUCCCUCCUGUAAGGACCCGACCGGCUCGAAAGGCCGCUGCGUUCCGGUCCGCAACUGCGACGCCAUCCACAGUGCGUUCCUGAACGAACGCAUCACCCAGGAUCGCAAAAUGGCCGACUUUGUGCGGGCCAGCAGCUGCCCGUCGGACGCCCGGGACGGCCACUCGAUUUGCUGCGCCGCGGUGAAACCGGUCAAAAAGGUGGAAUUUAUCGCCCACUCGAGGGCCUCCCGGCUGGGCUUGAAGCACUGCGGAACGGUUCGGUUGGCGGACAACAUCCUGCUCGGGAGUGUGACCGGCCUGGGACAGUUCCCGUGGAUGGCCAAUUUGAUGUACAAGCGGAAGGGGGCGCUCAAAAGCUUGUGCAGUGGAUCGUUGAUCCAUCCGAGGUACGUGUUAACGGCGGCCCACUGUAUGAAGGGAAACACGAGACCGGUAGCGGUCCGAUUGGGCGAGUACGACCUGUCCAGUGAUCCGGAUUGCGUUGACGGACGGUGUGCGGCCAAGGUGAAGGACUACCCGAUCGAGAAGCUCAUCCCGAACAACAACUUUAACGGAUUCGACGCGGACUACGACAUUGCGUUGAUCCGACUCGCUCGGAAAGUCGUCCUGGUGGACGGGGAAGUCUUUCCGGUUUGUCUUCCGCUGACCGAGAGCCUGAUGAUGCUGAAACCAAACCGAUUGACGGUUACCGGUUGGGGUCAGACGGAGGACCAGCGGGCUUCAAACGUCCUGCUGGAGGCGGAUCUUCAAGUGGUGCCGCGGACUGACCUGUGUCAAGGCGAGUCGACGUUUUGUGCGCGAGGACGAGACAUGGCCGGACAUUGUCGGGGAGAUUCGGGUGGUCCGUACCAGACGGUAGUUCCGGUGGGGGACGGUUCCCACAGGUUCGUUCAGUUUGGAGUGGUUUCCGGUGGGCCGGCCGAGUGUAGUGUGAAUGAGAAGAGGCCCGGUGUGGGUGUGAUGGUGAGCUAUCACAUCAACUGGAUAUUGGAUAAUUUGGAAAUUUAGGUGGUUAAGAUUAAAGAGAGCACUGUAAAUAAAAUGUACAAAUAGUAUUUAGAA